AUGGUGCGCAGUUUGUCACAGUGGACGAAAACGUUGAGUUUUCCGGCACGCAUAUCGCCCAACCGGAACUCGAAGGAUUGCAACGUGAACGUGCUGCCGAUUACGCCUCCACCGGCACCGCCGCGUAACAAGUCAACCUCUACGUCCUCGUCCAGCACAAUGUCCUCCACAUCUUCACCGUCCUCUUCGUCAUCUUCGCCCACACCACCGCCUAAUGUGCCGAUUACGGAAAUUAGUCAAAUUAUCUAUCCCGAUCCCGAAUCAGAGAAGGCCAUCAUGGGCUCAUUGGUAUUCUGCAUUCAUCACAAGCAAGGCUGCAAAUGGUCUGACGAGUUGAGGAAAUUGAAGGCACAUCUGAAUACCUGCAAACACGAUGCCAUCCAGUGCCCGAACAAGUGCGGCUCGCAAAUACCCCGCGUUAUGAUGACGGACCAUCUGGCGUUCACGUGCAUCCUGCGACGUGCCAUCUGCGAGUUCUGCAACGUCGAGUUCACCGGCAUUGGGUUAGAGGAGCACGCGGGCACCUGCAGCUCGGAGCCGAUCUACUGCGAGUCCAAGUGUGGCACGCGUGUGCUGCGUGGCCGCAUGUCUAUCCAUCGUGCCAAAGACUGUGCCAAGCGUCUCCGCCGCUGUCCGCACUGUGCUCGUGAGUUCUGUGCCGACACGCUGGCCGCUCAUGGAGCUACCUGUCCGCGCAGUCCCAUUCCAUGCCCGCAGCGGUGCGAUGCGGGACCCUUUGCCCGGGCAGAUCUGGAUGCACAUCUGCGCGACGAGUGCAAAGCGCUGACGGUGCCAUGUACAUUCAAGGAGGCGGGCUGCCGAUUCAAGGGCCCGCGCCAUCUGCUGGAAGCCCACCUGGAGGCGAACACAUCCGCUCAUCUGUCGCUGAUGGUAGCGCUAUCGGGCCGCCAGGGACAGCAGAUCAACAUGUUGAAAAGCGCCAUGGCGAAGCUGAGCACCAACUACACCGGCACGCUGCUGUGGAAGAUCACCGACUGGUCGGUGAAGAUGCAGGAGGCAAAGACAAAGGAUGGUUUGGAGCUGGUGUCACCGCCAUUUUACACCAGUCAAUACGGCUACAAACUGCAGGCCUCGAUGUUCCUGAAUGGCAACGGACCCGGCGAAGGAACGCACGUGUCCGUCUACAUCAAGGUGCUGCCGGGCGAGUACGAUGCCCUGCUAAAGUGGCCGUUCUCCCAUUCCGUCACCUUCACGUUGUUCGAGCAGGGCACACUAGGCAGCGGUGGCGGUGGACAGGGUGGAGUCGCCGAAUCGUUUGUGCCCGAUCCGACGUGGGAGAACUUCCAGCGGCCAUCUACCGAACCGGAUGCGCUGGGCUUUGGCUUCCCACGAUUCGUAUCGCACGAGCUGCUCAACAGGCGUCCCUUCGUGCGGGAUGACACCGUAUUUCUGCGCGUGAAGGUCGAUCCGAGCAAGAUUGUGGCCGUGUAAGCGUUAGCCAGAGUGUUUUUGUUUUGUAAAUAGAUCAUGCGCGCACACUCACCCCACACUGGACCCUCUUGUAAGGGUCUCUCUCCAACACCAAUCAAACCAUCUGUACAUAGUUACCUAUUCCUGAGAUGAAAUAACCCUUCCCACUACCACCACCACCACCACCUCCAGGACCCCGUCAGUCUUAGUCAUUCGUGUGGACCAAUCGAGUAGUUCUCUCCAGGCGAGAGAAGCUCCUACGAUGGCACAUACUGGUGGGGACUACUCCCAGGACGCUGGUUCUCGUUCCGUUUCGGCAGUCGGAAUGGAGCGGGAUACCGCGCAAACGAUAUCUGCGGCUUGCACCAAAAGUAGGAACCAAGCGGAACACGGUCGUCUCCCAUACCUGGGAACACAGGUCCCGCGAAGGAUUGUUUGCUUGUAAGUGAAUGCGAGUGUACGAAACACACUACAACGAAAAUCAGCUUCGAAAUCUCAUAGUUGCUUGUAAGGACUGAGCAUAGCGCCGAAUGGCGUGCAACAUAUAGAUUAAGACUUCUAGAGUAUAGGCAAACGGCAAUCAUGUGCAAACAGGAAAACUAAACCCAUUGUUCGAAUAACCGUGUACAGGAAAUGGAAAGCUUUCUAAUCGAACAU